GGCCAAGCAAUCUCUCCAGCACAGCAAUCUCCGCGACACUGAUUUGGACAUGGUUUUCAGAGGGACACGCGGCCGAUCAUGCCGCGACAACGACGACGACGACGACCAACGAAUCCCCCACGGGAGAAGCUUCCAUCCACCAUGAUCCCAUCGAAAGCGAUGCGAGGCGCCUCAGCUCCAAAGAGCCGUAAAAAAGAGGCCAGUCAGUGCAGAGCCCAGGUGAAUCCGAUUCUGUCCAAAGCGAGGCUCUCAGCUUCAGCUACAAAUUGUGCGUGCGUGCCCCCAUGCUUGCCGGCACCAGUCCCUACCGAUCACCAGUGUCCCCUUCCUCGGCUGUCCCCUGAAACAUACAACGGUGCCAAUGGUGAACACCGGGCGCUUCGUCUUCCUCGUCCUUGCCUACCGCCUCCUGGUACCGCUCCUCUCAGCCUCAGCUGAACCGGACCACACCACCAAACAGAUCCACAGUCGUAUGUGGUCUACAUGGGGAGCCCGUCGGGCGGCGUAAAUGGCGGCGGCGUCAGCGACCCGGAGGCGGCGGUGCAGGCGGCUCACCUGCAGAUGCUGUCGUCCAUCGUCCCGAGCGACGAGCAGGGGAGGGCGGCGCUGACGCAGAGCUACCACCACGCGUUCGAGGGCUUCGCCGCCGCGCUCACCGAGAAGGAGGCCGCCGCGCUCUCCGGGCAUGAGAGGGUGGUGUCCGUGUUCAAGGACCGUGCCCUGCAGCUGCACACCACGCGCUCGUGGGACUUCCUCGAGGUGCAGUCCGGGCUCCAGUCCGGCCGCCUCGGUCGACGGGCGUCCGGCGACGUCAUCAUCGGCAUCGUCGACACGGGCGUCUGGCCGGAGUCGCCGAGCUUCAACGACGCCGGGAUGCGCGACGUGCCGGCGCGGUGGCGCGGCGUGUGCAUGGAAGGACCCGACUUCAAGAAAAGCAACUGUAACAAGAAGCUGAUCGGCGCCCGGUACUACGGCGUCCAGCCGGAGUCGUCGGCACCGAACGCCUCCAGCAGCGCCAUGGCGACGCCAGCGGCGACCGGUUCGCCGCGGGACACCGUGGGCCACGGCACGCAUACGGCGUCCACGGCGGCCGGCGCGGUCGUGUCGGACGCGGACUACUACGGGCUCGCGCGGGGCGCGGCCAAAGGCGGGGCGCCGUCGAGCCGGGUGGCCGUGUACCGCGCGUGCUCGCUGGGCGGGUGCUCCACGUCGGCGGUGCUCAAGGCCAUCGACGACGCGGUGGGCGACGGCGUGGACGUCAUCUCCAUCUCCAUCGGCAUGAGCUCCGUGUUCCAGUCCGACUUCCUCACCGACCCCAUCGCGCUGGGCGCGCUCCACGCGCACCAGCGCGGCGUGCUCGUCGUCUGCUCCGGCGGCAACGACGGGCCCAACCCCUACACCGUCGUCAACUCCGCGCCGUGGAUCCUCACCGUCGCCGCCUCCUCCAUCGACCGCUCCUUCCAGUCCACCAUCGCUCUCGGCAACGGCGACGUCGUCAAGGGAGUGGCGAUAAACUUCUCCAACCACAGCCUCAGCGGCGAGAAGUUCCCUCUGGUGUUCGGGGCCGAGGUGGCAGCCCACUACGCGCCGGUCGCCGAGGCGAGCAACUGCUACCCUGGAUCAUUGGACGCGCAGAAGGUGGCCGGCAAGAUCGUGGUGUGCGUGAGCACGGACCCGAUGGUGUCGCGGCGGGUGAAGAAGCUGGUCGCCGAGGGGUCCGGCGCCAGGGGGCUGGUGCUCAUCGACGACGCCGAGAAGGACGUGCCCUUCGUCGCCGGCGGCUUCGCGCUAUCCCAGGUCGGCACCGACGCCGGCGCGCAGAUCCUCGAGUACAUCAACUCCACGAAGAAUCCGACGGCCGUAAUCCUCCCGACCGAGGAAGUCGGGGACUUCAAGCCGGCGCCGGUGGUGGCGUCUUUCUCCGCGCGUGGCCCCGGCCUCACCGAGUCCAUCCUGAAGCCUGAUCUGAUGGCGCCCGGCGUCAGCAUCCUGGCCGCCACGAUCCCGUCCACGGAUACCGAGGACGUGCCGCCGGGGAAGAAGCCCUCGGCCUACGCCAUCAAGUCCGGCACCUCGAUGGCGUGCCCGCACGUCGCCGGCGCCGCCGCCUUCGUCAAGUCGGCGCACCCGGGCUGGACGCCGUCCAUGAUCAGAUCAGCUCUCAUGACCACAGCGACGACGACGAACAACCUCGGGAAGCCACUGGCGAGCAGCACGGGCGCGGCGGCGACGGGGCACGACAUGGGCGCCGGCGAGAUGAGCCCUCUGCGCGCGCUCAGCCCCGGCCUGGUGUUCGACACCACGGCGCAGGACUACCUCAGCUUCCUCUGCUACUACGGCUACAAGGAGCAGCACGUCCGGAAGAUCUCCGGCGACGCGCGCUUCUCCUGCCCCGCGGGGGCGCCAUCGCCGGACCUCAUCGCGUCGGCCGUCAACUACCCGUCCAUCUCCGUGCCGCGGCUGCAGAGGGGGAAGCCCGCCGCCGUAGUAGCGCGCACCGCCAUGAACGUGGGGCCGUCGAACGCGACGUACGCGGCCACCGUCGACGCGCCCGCCGGACUGGCGGUGCGGGUCUCGCCCGACCGGCUUGUGUUCUCGAGGAGGUGGACGACGGCGUGGUACGAGGUGAGCUUCGACGUCGCCGCCGGCGCAGGCGUGAGCAAGGGGUACGUGCACGGCGCCGUCACCUGGUCCGACGGCGCGCACUCGGUGCGGACGCCGUUCGCGGUCAACGUACUCUGAUCUGAUUGAGUGAUCAGCGUUUUGCUUCUUUUGAUUGAUAUAUAGUAAUCGUGUUUUUGGUUCACAUGAGUGUUUUUUUUUGUGUUGCACACUUGCACGAGUGGUACGUGAGGGAGGAAUGCGCCCCCACACAAGCAAGCACCCCUUAUAAUUUGAUACAGGGGGAAUAAAUUCAAAUUGAGUUUUGUUGUAGCACCCUACUUCGUGAAGGGUCAUCUCACAGUUAGGGUUAUUUAACUAUAUGGGUGUGUAAUCUUAUAUGUUUUCUAUAAAAGCUGAGUUUACCUCCUUUAGAAAAAGAUUGUGGUGGUCAAGGCCAGGAAGCAGUCAUGUUUGUUUGAAAUAUUUUCUUCCUUUUUUUGACGGGAGAAAUAUUUUCUUCUUAAUAUAAAGAUGUGCAAACGCUCUUACA